AUGACUACCUUCGAUGGAUGGACGAUUUUAUCUUCACAUGAUGUGGACCAGCAAACCGAUGCUCUUAUUGGACCCUUGACACGCGAUAUUUACGCCUUGGAAACCUCCCGUAACGAACUUAAUGCGCCCCGCCCGGUGAUCAGCGCGCUCAAUCUAGCCAGAGCUGUGAUGGGUCAGCGUAUGGUGAAACGGCAGCCCCGAGAGAAGAGUUUUGUUAAAGCUCUAGUGAAGCCAGAGAUUCGCGAUAACGCCCUGUUCCUCGUGGAUACGAUACACUCUCCGCUGUUUGAACGGGCGUUGACCAUAAUAGCAUGUAUCCACGUUGAAGUGGAUACGCCGGCAGAGUUGUCCUUACCCAUUCAGUCAAUGCUAAUAAAGAAAGGGUUGAGAGAUUUUGAUUCUCGCUUCUCAAAGAAUCCAGACGCGCCGACUACUCUCAUAUUCACCUAUCCUGGUGGAGUCGGUAUGAGUAUCCUUCUACCUCUCAAGUCGGGCCCGCUUUGCUACCUCUUUCACGCGACUCGCGAUGGGAAAUGCACCUGUGCGAUUUCGAACAACCCUCGUGCCCAAUCGGUAUGGUUCGAGCAGUUCCACUCUAGGCCCAGGCGCGAUGCUGGACAUGGUACUCCGUUUCUUGCGUACAUCCUACAGCACAGGGAAUGCUCCCGAGAAGAUUUCCGCACGAAAGAUGCUGAUGCGGAAACGCAGAGACUCCUAGAUAUCAGCUUGAACAUCCUGGACUCGGAGAGGGAGUUGGAGAAGUGGCGGCCUGCGCAUGAAGAGUAUUGUCGGUUGGACCAGCUGGAGUGUCAGCAGUGUCGGCGGAUUUUUUUGAGGUUGCCCGGGCCUCUGCUGGAGAGUCGGAAUCGACCGCUACCGGAAGUUCCGAGUAGUGCUGGUUCUAGUGGGACUGGAGAGACGUGUGUGAGGACUCCGGUGCCUAAGCGAGAGAAUUCGGGCUCUGGAGGUCGAGUUAGUCGGGAAAAGAUGAUGCGGGUGAAGUUGUGGAGGAAGAAAACUUUUCAGGUUUCGGAAUCUGCUGGAGAGGAGGGAGGGUAUUGGCAUGAGCUGGAUCCGGGGAGACCGGGACGGGACAAUGGAGUUCAGUGCAUAGUUUCACGUUGGCUGAAUAAUGUGGGGCCCAGCCCAUUAAUGACGCUUGUUCCGACAGGCAAAGGGUUCGAGAUGCAACUAUAA